CGAGAGUACCAGACAGGAAGAGACAAAGGCGAAGGUCAAGAAUUAAACAUGGCAGCUCGCAGUAUAUUGAGGUCUGUGUGGACCUCAUUUGCGGGCUUAAAAUUAGGUGCCACAGGUACCAACGUGAAGGUUCAACAGACGAUAAAUGUUCCCCAGUUACCGGCUUUAACCAUUCAGAGCCGAGGGAUCCGCCAAGUGGUGGAGAAGCAAGAGGAGAAAACAACAAUGAUUGAGGGACAAAUACUGGAUGUUCCAGCAGGACCACAGCCUCCAAACCCCACAGCCAAGUGUCCUAUCUACAGAUGGAACCUGCAGCACAAAUACAACUACACGGAUGUCCUGUUGCUCAGUCAGUUCAUCAGGUCAGAUGGAGGGUUGUUGCCCAGGAGGAUCACAGGUCUCUGUCCAGAGGAACAUCGCAAGAUUGCCAUCUGUGUGCAGAUGGCCCAAAGAGCAGGACUGCUGCCUGACCACAAACCCAAACUUCCAGAGGGCCACGUCCCAAAGAGGCCCAAGCCACAACUUAACAGAUACCUGACUCGUUGGUCCAUUGACUCAGUGAAACCGAUCUAUAAAACUGGACUGAAGUGGUGUAAGAAGCGCAUGUCUGUUGGCCACCCAGCACUGAAGAACAAUGUGCAUUACGGCGUCAAGCCCCUUUACAUACAACACUGAAGGACAGAAAGCCUGACAACUCAGUACAGCAACUAGACAAGAGUGGGUGGGUCCUACAAAGAUGCAGUUCCAAGUGGAUUUACUUUUGUCAUACUGCCCUGGGAAAAGGCCUAAAAGCUUCAUCUGUAUUUAUUCUCCCUUUUGUUUAUUAAGCUGCGUCACAUGUUUUAAUGAAUCAUGCUCAGCCCCACCCAGGACCAUCUAUUUUGUCUCUGUUGGUUUUCAAAAUGCCCUUGAAGUGAACUCUCUGACAACUUAAUGUGAGCAUCGACUGGGUCAGUGUUACACUUUCAAAGUAGGUGGUAUGUUGACUCUGUAUACUCAAGGCAACACAGAUGUGCAAAUAAAAUGUUCUCAACUUGU